ACAAGUUUGAUGAUGUUUGCCAUCAAAGAAGUUUGCGUCGCUCUCAUGCUCUUGAUUGUCACCGUCGCUCCAUCUGAAGGUGCACCGAAUGCACCACCAGUGGCUGGAUUAAUGGAUUUCAGUGGAAAGCUCGUUCCUGGUUACAAACCUUUCGGGCUGAUAAAUGAUGCGAAAAAUCGGCCAGAGGAGUAUGCGCUAGUGCAGCCGCGUUUUGCACAUUUACCUAACCCGGAGGAGAGGCCAGUGAACCGCCGUGGAACCCGCAUACGUCCAAACACAACAACCACCGCAUUACCUUCCCCGCCUUCCUAAAUGACCAUGACGGACCGAUACAGACACAGCACCAUUUUCUCUUAUUUUGUAAAAUUUGAUUGCAACUUCGCACAAUAAAAAAAUAAGAUAACAUACAAG